CUCAGCUUCGACAAGAUCAAAUCACUUACUUCGGAUUACCUACUGGAGCUUCUCGUUCACACUACACUUGUUUACUGCUACCACUCGUUCGGUCAGUUUUAAUCGCAAUGCCUCCUAGUCGAGCGGCUCUUGUGGCUCUGGCUCUGUACCUCAGUGCCUCCAUGGUCACGUCCCCCGUUGGGGCUAGCCCAGUCGCAUUGCAGGCCAGAGCUCCCGCAACUAAUGAGCAAUCCGUCGGACUCAUGACUACCGGCGGUUGCUCUCGUAAAAGGGCGAUAAUGGCAAUGGGAGGGGAUGAACCUGGCCAGGGCGAUGAUGAUUGCGAUGAUAAUGGCAGUGGCAGCAACGGCGGCUCCAGUGACUCCGACAAUGACUGGGGCAAUGGUAGUGGAAGUGGCAGCAGCGGCUCCAACGGCGGCUCUGGAGGCUCCAGCGGCUCCAGCGGCUCCGGGGGAUCCAGCAAUAACAAUGGCAGUGGCAGUGACCUUGACAACAACGGUGGCUCCAGUGGCUCCGGCAGCGGCAGCGGCAGCGGCAGCGGAAGCAACGGCGGCUCCAGUGGCAGCGGUGGCUCCAAUGGCUCUAGCGGCUCCGGCAGUGGAAGCAACGGCGGCUCCAGCGACAGCGGUGGCAGCACUUCUGGCAAUAACGGCUCUGGCAGCAACAACAGCGGUUCUGGUAGCCCCAGUGGAAGCUCCGGCAGCAACGGCAGCAGCGGAAGUAGCGGUAACAAUGGUGGUUCCAGUGGUUCCAGUGGCUCCGGCUCCGGCUCUGGCUCUGGCUCCAGCAACGGCAGCGGCAGCAACGGUAGCAACGGUAGCUCCGGAGGCUCUGGAACUUCAGGCUCUGGCAAUGGCAAUGGCAGUGGCGGCAGCGGCAGCGGUAGCAACGAUGGUUCUUCGAACGAUGGCGCGGACGAUGGCGGCCCCAGCAGCUCAGGUGACUCGGUUUCCAGCAGCAGCAGUGGCACGAACAAUGGCAGCAGCAACACCGGCAGCGGCUCGGCCAUCUAUCUCAACAAUGAAGGCAGCAACAACAGCAACACUAGCACGGAGGAAGUCCAGCCUGACAAAGACGACGAUAACAAGUCCGCUAUUAGCGGUAUUUUCUCUACCGUCGGGAACCUGAUUGACGGUAUCCUUCGCCGCUAGAGUGAUGAACGUGAGGGUGUCGUAUGCAACCGGCAUGGUGUUGACACAGCACGGUGGCAAGAAAAACUUGUGAUCGU